GCCGCAAUCGUUUUGUUGAAGCUGACGGAAGGGAAAUUGCUGCUUGCGCAGCUCAAGCACAUGAUUGAAUCCAGAUUAGAAGGGAAAUUAAUCAUCUUUUGCUGAUAACAGGCACGCUGCAGCUUUCCCGACUUAUGGCAAAGUUGGGAAGACUCCUGCGUCCUGCAAUGGACUUCUCCACACUGGCUGGAGCCAGACUGGAUUCAAAUGAUGAAGACGCCGGCCAGCCCAGCACCUUGGGGAGGGACCCUGCUUCAAAAUCCCCCCCCCCUCCAUCCAUCCGCCCAUCCAUCCUUGACACCGAUCCUUGGAAGUACUCCCCCCCUCCCCCUGCUCCCGUGUGAGGCCUCCAUUCUGUGCGUGCCCAACAAAUCCAAAUCCAGGUGAGCAUUCUUCUACUUGGUUGAUUGUCACCGUGGCCAUGUCCACUCACAGACGUUGACAGCGACCUCACCGGUUACUCUUCUCUGGCCGUUCAAUCCCGAGUUAAAUCCAGUCGGGGUGUCCCUGAACGCUUCGCGGCGAGUUGCGCCUACUUAACAUUCAAGCCCCAGCAGCGGCCGGGGUGUUGCGCAAGCGCGGCCCAUUGAGGAGGCCCGGAUGCCGAGAGAGGGGAGCGCCGGGACGAGCCAUCCAGCCAGAUUGGAACGAGCCGCGGCGGGAACCACAGCACCGGCGGGAGCCACAGCACCAGCGGGAAGGCCGAUAUGGACCGGCCGCCGCGUGACCCGAGGACCCCGGCUCCGGACCGCGUGACCCUCAAGAAGGAGAUCGGCCUGUUGAGCGCCUGCACCAUCAUCAUCGGGAACAUCAUCGGCUCGGGCAUCUUCAUCUCUCCCAAAGGCGUUCUGGAGCACUCGGGUUCGGUGGGCGCGGCGCUGCUGGUGUGGAUGCUGGGCGGAGGCGUGGCCGCCCUGGGCUCGCUGUGCUACGCCGAGCUGGGCGUGGCCAUCCCCAAGUCGGGCGGCGACUACGCCUACGUCAGCGAGAUCUUCGGAGGCCUGGUGGGGUUCCUGAUACUGUGGAGCGCCGUGGUGAUCAUGUACCCGACCACGCUGGCCGUCAUCGCGCUCACCUUCUCCAGCUACGUGCUGCAGCCCGUCUUCCCCGAGUGCGCGCCGCCGUACGCCGCCACGCGAGUGCUGUCGGCCACCUGCCUCCUGCUGCUGACGUGGGUGAACUGCUCCAGCGUGCGCAUGGCCACCAGGAUUCAGGACGUGUUCACGGUGGGGAAGCUGCUGGCGUUGGGGCUGAUCAUCGUCGUGGGUUUGGUGCAGAUCUUCAAGGGCAACUAUGAGGCGCUGACUCCGCAGGCGGUCUUCUCCAUGGAGCGGACCCCCUCGGUGGGGCAGAUGGCGCUGGCUUUCCUGCAUGCCUCCUUCGCCUUCAGCGGAUGGAACUUCCUCAACUACGUGACGGAGGAGGUUGUGGAUCCCAGAAGGAACCUCCCUCGCGCCAUCUACAUCUCCAUCCCGCUGGUGACUCUGGUCUACACGCUGACCAACAUGGCCUACUUCUCGUCCAUGUCUUCCGACGAGCUGCUUUCCUCCAACGCUGUCGCCGUCACGUUCGGAGAGAAGCUGCUCGGCGUCUUUUCUGUCAUCAUGCCCAUCUCCGUGGCGUUGUCCACGUUCGGCGGCAUCAACGGCUACCUGUUCACUUCGUCCAGGUUGUGUUUCUCGGGCGCCAGGGAGGGUCACCUGCCCGGCCUGCUGGCCAUGAUCCACGUGGACAAGUGCACGCCCAUCCCGGCUCUGCUGGUCUGCUGUACGGCCGCCAUGGUGAUCCUGUGCAUCGGGGAGACUCACAACUUGAUCAACUACGUGUCCUUCAUCAACUACCUGUCGUACGGCGUCACCAUCGCGGGCCUCCUUUUCUACCGCUGGAAGAAGCCCAACCUCUACCGCCCCAUCAAGGUGCGUCUGCUGGUGCCCGUGUGCUACCUGAUGUUCUGGGCGCUCCUGUUGGGCUUCAGUCUCUACUCUGAGCCGCUGGUGUGCGGCGUGGGUCUUCUCAUCAUGCUAACCGGCGUGCCUGUCUACUUUCUGGCCGUCCACUGGAGGGCAAAACCAAAGUGCCUCAACCGCUUCAUUGAGACGGCGACCGUGGUGGGCCAGAGCUUGUGUUUGGUGGUCUUUCCUCAGUUGGACCCCAUCGAGGCGGUGGAGUCUUCCGAGUGGACGGAGCCGUCGUCCGGUUCGUCCGCUAACUAAAAAUGGAUGCCAGCGCGUUGUGUUUCCACCACCUAAUGCUGCGUUGACAUUUAUGCCGAGCGGACGCCUUUUCUUCCUUGCAGACUUUUGCACGUUGUUUUAUUUCCCACCACCAACCAACGUACAACUUGCUCAUGUGAGCCAACCCAGCUAACCAGCAGAAUACACUGGGUUCUAGGAAAGAAACAUCCUCACACAAGUCGUUUGUUUUAUGUCAGCGUUUGGAUUUUUGACAGGGCCAAAUGUACUUCAUUUUUUUGAGAACUAACCCAUGGAUUAGGUUGACCUGGUAGUACGUAUCUUCUUUUCUUUUUCUAAAAGAGUCAGCUCGUCCUGUGUGUCGCAGUGGGCCAGCGUAUUGGUUCUGACUGAAGUUUCCUUUAUUUCCAAUCCAAUCGGAAAUGUCAUCGUUCAUAUGGACGUCUAUUUCACGCCAGGACGUCAAUAAAAAGUUCACGGUCACAUCAUGAUAAGUCAACUUGUCAAAAUGAACUUUUUUUAAUACCUCCCUGACUUUGCUUUUUUUUCCACUGUAAAUUAUUUGUAAAGUAUUGACAACGCAAUAUUGUUAACUAUCAUGUAUUUAGACAUGGUUAUCACUAUCAAAUAGUUUUAGACCCGACCAUUCUAUCGAUUUCAUCGAUUAAUAGAAAUAUCAGAUAUCAUUUUAUUUGCAUUAAAGUGUAUUAAAACAUUUUCCCGAUGACUGUUUAUGAACCAAUUCUUGUUUAUUUGGUAUGAUUUAGUGAUUGAUAAACAACAGCAGCUAAGCAAUAUGACACAAGAAUUGAAGGUGAUUGAAAGAAAGUAAAGCAGAUGUUUACAAAUAUUUUAUUUGGAUUAAACACUAAAGAUACAUGAUCAAAUACGAGGCCAUUGAUUUGAUAAGCGAUUUGUUGUCAAUUAAGCGAUUCAUUUUGACACCUUUAGAAAUCUAACGGUGUUUAUGCCUUCGGAUGACAUGACAAUCACAAAUGCUUGCA